AUGAAGAUUGCUACUAGGACUCUGUUGCAUAUUAUAGAACAAGACCUGAAGCUCGGUGCUUAUUGUCGAUAUACAGGACAUGCCCUAAAUCAAUCUUUACAAUUAAAAAGAGUGGAUCGAUCCAAAUGCCUUCUGUCGCGAUACGAAGCUGAAAGGCACGGAAAAAUCCUCUUUACCAAUGAAAAAAUUUUCACGAUUGAAGAACACUACAGUAAGCAAAAUGAUAAACUGUACGUUCAUAGUUCUAAAGAAGCUGCUCAAGUGGUUAAAAAAGUAAAACGUAGUUAUCAUCCUGCGUCAGUGAUAGUUUGGUGGGGCAUGUCUUAUCAAGGAGUCACCAAACUACAUUUUUGUGAAAAAGGAGUGAAAACUUCAGCGAAAAUGUAUCAAAAUACACUCUUGGAUCGUGUUGUGAAACCUCUCAGCAAUACACUUUUUAAAAAUAUACCAUGGACUUUCCAGCAGGACUCUGCACCUGGUCACAAGGCACGAACUACCCAAGCCUGA